GACCACUAAAAAUAUGCAUCAAUGUUUUUUUUAAAUCAUGUUUGUCUAUGCUAAGCAUGGGAUGGGUGCAGCACCUUAUUUUCCUUUUUUUUUUUUUGAACGAAAAUAAGGAGUAUGCAACAAUGUUAGUACAACAAAAAACAACUCUUGGCGCCGAGACAACUCUGUAGCUAGAAUCCAUGGACAGAGCCAACUGGGAAGAGCUCAUACGGCUGUAUCCGUCAAUGGCUGGCAACUACGAAUAACUGUGAAUAACCCGUCAUGCCUCUCUCCAAUCGCCACCUCAUUCUUCUUCUCCCUCGCCUCGGCCCGCAGACGGCCGCCAUUCACACCACCCCAGUUCAUCAUCUAGGGCUCCGACUUGAGCCCCAGCUCUCUCGAUCCGAAAUCAUCGAUCGGGUUUGUCGACUCUUGAUUCUCCGGCGCUAUAACGCCCUUGAAAGCCUCAAAAUUGAUUUCUCCAAUGGCCUCCUCGAGGCUGUUCUCCUGAAGCUCAAGCUCAACCCGGUAGCUUCUCUUCGUUUCUUUAAAUUAGCUUCGAAGCAGAGCUAUUACAGGCCGCAUUUCACUUCCUAUUGCAUAAUCAUUCACAUAUUGUGUAAAGGUAGAAUGUUCGACGAAACCCGGUCUCUCUUAGCUGAGCUUGUGGAACUCUCGGGUGAAAAGGAACGGAUGUCUCUUGUAUGGAAUGGGUUGCAAAAAGUUUAUAAAGAAUUCAGGUUUUCUCCCACGGUUUUUGAUAUGCUUCUGAAAAUUUAUGCAAAGAGAGGGUUAAUUAGGAAUGCAUUAUAUGUGUUUGAUAAUAUGCCCGCGUGUGGCUGUAUGCCGAGCUUACUCUCGUGCAAUAGUUUGUUGAGCUGUUUGGUGAAAAAGGAAGAAUAUCAUACUGCAUUUUGCAUCUAUGAACAGAUGAUCAGAAUUGGAAUUUCUCCAGAUAUAUACACUUGCACAAUAAUAGUAAAUGCAUACUCUAAGGAUGGCAGAGUAGACAGAGCUGAGGAUUUUAUAGAUAAAAUGGAAGCAAUGGGUUUAGUUGCGAAUAGAGCAACUUACCAUAGUUUGAUAAACGGGUAUGUCGAGAAGGGUGAUAUGAAGGGAGCUGAAAGAGUGUUAAAAUUAAUGGUUGAAAGAGGAAUAUCCAAGAAUGUUGUGUCACACACAUUGCUCAUCAAGGGGCAUUGCAGGCAGGGGAAUAUGGAGGAAGCAGAGAAAGAAUUCCGAGAUAUGGAGGCGGGAGUCGUGGAUGAGCAGGUGUAUGGUGUAUUGAUAGAUGGGUUUUGUCAAAUUGGGAAACUAGAUGAAGCACAUAGGAUUCGAGACGAGAUGUUUAAGUUAGGCUUGAAAAUAAACCUAUUUAUUUGCAAUUCAUUUAUAAAUGGUUAUUGCAAGUUUGGUCAGGUUCACAAAGCAAGAGGAAUGAUAAGGAGUAUGGUUGGCUGGAAUCUGAGACCAGAUUCUUACAGCUAUAAUACCCUAUUAGAUGGGUAUUGCAGGGGAGGUUUGACAAGUGAAGCAUUGAACCUAUGUGAUGAAAUGAUUCAAGUGGGUAUUGAUCCAACACUUGUAACCUACAAUACUCUCUUGAAAGGUCUUUGUCAAACUGGUGCUAUUGGCAAAGCUUUGGACCUCUGGCAUUUGAUGCUUAAACGAGGUUUUGCAAUUGAUGAGGUUAGCUAUGGUACUCUAUUUGUUGGUCUUUUUCAGGCAAACGGGUUUGAAACAGCUGCAAUGUUGUGGAAACAUAUAUUGGCUAGAGGAUUUACCAAAAGCGUAAUUCUUUUCAACACAGUGGUUGACGGACUAUGUAAGAUGGGCAAAAUGAUUGAAGCCGAGCAGCUUGUUGACAAAAUGAAGGAGUAUGGCUGUUCACCUGAUGGAGUUUCUUAUAGAACUUUAAUUAAUGGUUACUGUAAAAAUGGGCAGGUUGAAAGAGCUUUGAGGACAAGGAACAUUAUGGAACAGCAAGGAAUCCUUCCUUCUAUUGAAAUGUUCAAUUCACUCGUUACUGGAUGUUUUUUGGCUAGGAAGUUCAGCAAAGUUGAAGAUCUUCUUAAUGAAAUGCAUACAAGGGGAAUACUGCCCAAUGUUGUUACAUAUGGUGCCCUUAUUGCUGGAUGGGUUAAGGAGGGAAAGCUUGAGAGAGCUUUUAAUGCAUAUUUUGAUAUGAUAAAUAAGGGGCUGAAUCUGAAUGAGAUCAUACUCAGUUCAAUUGUUAGUGGCUUAUAUAGGCAUGGCAGGACUAAUGAUGUGUUCAUGUUGUUGCAAAAAGUAUUGAGGUUUGAUACCAGUUUAAAACUUAACUGUCUUAAUGACUUUUCAAGCCCCCACUCGAGAUCAAUAGAUGUUCAAAAAAUAUCAAAUUUCCUGGAUGAGGGGGCAAAAGAUUCUAUCAUGCCCAAUAACAUUCUAUAUAAUAUUGCAGUCUUAGGGCUUUGUAGACUCAGUCGGAUAAGUGAUGCAAGAAAAAUGAUUUGUGCUUUAAUUGAAAAAGGCUUUGUACCCGAUGAAUUUACUUAUUGUGCCUUGAUCCACGGCGUUUCAUUAGCUGGCAAUGUUGAUGAGGCUUUUGCAUUACGGGAUGAAAUGCUUAAAAAGGAUCUUGUUCCUAACAUUGUUAUAUAUAAUGCUCUCAUCAAUGGCCUUUGCAAAAAAGGACAUGUUAAUAGAGCACUUAAACUUUUCAAAAAGCUUCGCUCAAAGGGCUUAACUCCCAAUGUUAUCACCUAUAAUACUUUGAUUGAGGAGCACUGCAAUAAUGGUAAUACUAUUGAAGCCUUUGGACUGAAAGGAAGAAUGAUAAAAGAAGGGAUUGCUCCUUCAAGAAUUACAUAUUCUUCUUUGAUCAAUGCUCUACGCAAACAAGGUAAUGUCGAUGAAGCAACAAAACUUUCAGAUGAAAUGCUGAAGGCAAGUGUAGACUUUACUUAACCUUGUGACACAGAGAACAAUAUAUUCAAGGUAUCAUGGUUCACUCUCUAACGGAGAUGAAGUGCUACAAACUGAUGGAGAGGCAUGGUUCUUUUGGCCCU